CCAUGGUGUUAGCGGACUGUGGGCUGGAGCUGGAGCCGGUGGAGAGAGGGAGAGGGAGGGAGAGGAGCUGUCAGUCAGUCAGGCCGCCGCCGCCGCCGCCGCCGCCAGCAACAUGCGGGCCCCGCCGCUGUACACACACACACACGUGGAACACAGCGAGUAGAACACUUCCGGGGCAUCAGCUGGACCCUGUCCCGGGAUGCCCUUUAAACCAAACACCUCGGCUUUGCUGCAGACCAAAGGCACCAGGAUCUUUGCUGCAGACUCACACACCAGCCGACACAACUAUUUCAAAAUGCAAUGCAAAGGAAAUGCAAUGCAAUUUUACCCCAAUGCAUCACCGGCUACCAACCCAGAGCUAUAAGAACAACACUGGGAUUGUCAAACGGGCCCAUCAGCGACUGCACUACCUGAGGAAACUCAAACAGGCCUCACUCCCCACCAACAUCCUCAGGACUUUUUACAGGGGCACGGUGGAGUCUGUACUCACGUACUGCAUUAACAUGUGGUACUCCAACUGCAACUGCUCAGACAGGAAGGAUCUGCAGAGGGUAGUGAGGGGAGCAGAGAGGAUCAUUGGCGUCUCCCUACCCUCGGUACAGGAACUGUUCCAGAGCCGCUGCCUGAAAAAAAGCACUGAGCAUAGCAAAGGACAGACUGCACCCCUUCCACACACAUCUGUAUCUCCUGCCAGAUACCGUAAGCAUCAAAGCCCGGACAACCAGGCUGCUAAACUGUCACUCCACCUGAUUCUGCUGCUUUUUUUGCACUGACAAUUUAAUAACAACUCUGACACUGGCCACUUAAAUCAGCUGCCCUGGACAAUUUAUGACUGUUUUUACUUGUAUUUUAAUGUUGCUUUUUUUUACCUGCACUUUUUAACGAUUCGUAUUGUUUUUAUCAGGAUUGGUUGUUUUUAUUUAUGUGUGAAGUUAAAAUUAAGUUUAUGUGCGAUGCUCUGGUAUUCCCUGCCAAACUUCUUCUCAUUUAGCAUUGUACAACUGUUGCUUUGCAUGAUGACAAUAAAGGUUGAUUGAUUAUUUUACAUAUAAA